GGUUCAGUCGGUGUCAAAGGUUUUGAUAAAUCCGUAUCUAACCCUUCAAACCCUUCUCAUCCGCUAAGGGCGACGUUCCGUUCCCACAUCGCCGUUGCCCGGUCACCUGCAUUGUCCUGCGUCGAGCCGACGCACCGCCGCCUGCGGUCCUUCCCCCACAAGCUUGUCAUCCUCUCGUUUCUUUCCAGGAGGAGCAAUAGAGUGCCUCCUCUCCGUCUGCUGCUGCAGCUGCCCGAUCGGGUAUUCGUCGCUGCAUACGAAUUCCGUCUCCGGAAGGAAAAAAAAGGUAAAUAAAGAAGAUCCUAAGACAUUCAAAAGAUGCUUCAUUGUUUUUAAAAAUUUGUAUAUAGGUAAAUAAAGAAGAUCCUAAGACAUUCAAAAGAUGCCUCGAACAAGUGCAAUUGAGUGCCCUGGAUGUCCACCUCUGAGAGCCUUGACCACUGAUGCACUUGGCCUCAUAAAAGUUGUUGAAGUUCAUGGUAAUCCUGGAAUUCUAAAGGUAGUAGAAAGAUGGGGGCAGCCAGAUGCUUCUUCUGGUGUUCUUGCAGCUUCUUAUGCUGAUGACAAAAUUGAACCACUUCUUGCUGUUGCUCGCAAAAAUGGUUCGGUUGAGAUUCUAAAUUCUCUAAAUGGAGAGAGUUUAUGCAACACUCACACCAAACAAUUUGGAUUAUCAGAUACCUCUCGUCAAGAUGAUCACGUUGUCGGCUUGCAUCUCCUUAAAACCAAAGGAAUAAAUAUGUCUUCUAGGGUUGCCACACUACUUCUUUGUAUGGAAAAUGGAAAUGGUUGCUUGAAAUCUAUUCCCACUAGUGGUGUGCUGCAUGAUUCUGAUAUUGGUUCUCAAAUGUCAUUCAAUGUAUGCUCUGCCGGUAAAAUAUUAUGCAGUUCAUUGGCUAAAAGUGAGAAUUUUGCCUUGUUUGGAGGGAAGGGCGUUGAAGUGAAUACAUGGGAUCUUGGAAACUGCACCCGAAUCUGGACUGCAAAAUCUCCUCGUCCUAAUAGCCUUGGUUUAUCCCCUCCUCCUUGGUUUACUGCUGCUGCUUUUUUAAGUGAAGAAGAUCAUCGAAAGAUUGCAGCUGGCACGAACAAUCAUCAGGUUCGUCUUUAUGAUACCUCAGCGCAAAGGCGGCCUGUUAUGUCUGUUGACUAUAGGGAAACUCCAAUCAAGGCAGUCUGUCCGGACCUACAUGGCUAUAAAGUUUAUGUUGGCAAUGCUUCUGGAGACCUUGGUUCCUUUGACAUAAGAACAGGAAAGUUGCUUGGAGGUUUUACUGGCAAGUGCUCUGGAAGCAUCAGAUCUAUAAGAAAACAUCCAGAACUUUCAGUAAUAGCAUCUUGUGGUUUAGACUGCUAUUUGCGAGUCUGGGAUACAAAUACGAGACAGCUUUUAUCUACGGUCUUCCUCAAGCAACAUCUCACAAAUGUGAUAUUUGAUUCUCAUUUUGCGUAUGAAGGUCCAGGCGGUAAUCGACAUGCCCAACCAAGUGCGACACAGGUACACGAUUAUGAUAGUGCUGGUGAUAAUGAGACUGUAGAGGACGAGGUAUUGCCCAGCUCUCGAAGCAGCGAAGCAUCAAAAAUGAGCAAACGAAGCAAAACCAAGAAACUAGACAAAGAGGAAAUCCCCACCUCUGACAAUGGUCAAGUUUAUGAAACCAAGGAGACGAAUGAAAUAAAGAAAAGGAGAAGUAAGAUUGCAAGACAAGAAGAUGAAGACGAUGGAAUAGGUGAUACCGCCACACAAUCUGAGGUUGAAGAUGGUGAGAAAUCUUCAGAAAAGCAUGGCAAAAGGCUAAAGCCGAAAAAGAGGAAGGUUUCAGCAUGAAGGUGAAGUUAAUGUGGACAGCAUUUGCUGGUAAUGCCCUGCUCAAACCACCGAUGGAUGCUCCAGUUGAACACGAUCAACCUUAGUGUCGUGCAGGCAUGUUAGUUUCAUUUUUCUUUCAACUUUCGGAGUGAUUUCGCCUUUUAAGAGGUCUUAUAAAUGUUCUACCAUUGAAAAUCAAACAGAUCUGGUUAGAGGCUUACCUUUAUGGAUAUAUGGUUAUGUCCUUUACUCAAACUUCAGUUUAAGAUGUUCCAUUAUGAUUACAGUUUAUAACUAAAUUUAGUGCAUGCAUCUAAAGCUUUGAUAUGGAAAA